AAGUCAGUUGGUCUCGAACCGUCAUAGCGAGUACACGUGAGAGGGAGGUGUCAAGCGGCUCUUUUGUCUCCCCACCAGUUAUACCUACUGCAAGCUUUGUUAUGGGAGCAUAAUCCGGUGUAUUUGAAAAUCGCAACGCGUUGCGCGCUAUUCGGGAGUGCGCCGCGACACAUGCAGCCGUACAGAUCGAACGUGGUGCUAUCAUUAUCGAUCACCUCAUCGCGCGCUUCGGAGAAACAGAUUAGGAUGCGCUUUGUUGCAUCUCAAGGCUAGUUUCGGUGUCCGGGAAAGUUUCUCCAACAACGUACAAAGAAGUAUCGCAUAAAAUUACGAAUGCGUCGGACCGUGUAAGAGCAGUGAUAAAUAUCAGUGGGAAAUCGUUCGUUUUUUACUUUCGUGAACACAAUAACAUUGAUCUCGCAACAAGCUAGUAAGAUCGGGACAAACUUUGAUUGGCAUUCGGGAAAGAAAACGUGAAAGGAAAACUCAUUGAAAAAUGACGCUUGAGGGAAAUUGCUCGACGGAGGAUGACACCAAUCGAGUUUUGUUCCAAUCCAGGAAAAACUCGAUGGUGCGGCUGCAGAUCGUGCCGGCGCAGCCAAAAACUAUCACGCACCUGCCAAAGAGACCACCAGUCGAUUUGGCUUUCACCGACCUCACCUAUAAGGUCCGAGAAGGCCGCAAAAAUAAUGCGAAAACGAUUCUCAAAUCCGUCAGCGGCAGACUGCGAUCCGGCGAGUUGACGGCUAUUAUGGGUCCUUCUGGUGCAGGAAAGUCGACACUCCUAAAUAUCCUUACCGGAUACAAGACGACAGGUACGGAGGGUAGCAUCACAAUAAAUGGCCACGAAAGAAAUCUCAGUGCCUUCAGGAAACUCUCCUGCUACAUCAUGCAGGACAAUCAAUUGUACGGGAAUCUAACGGUAGCGGAAGCUAUGAAGGUUGCAGCGAGUCUUAAGCUUAGCUCACACAUCGACAAAGCAGAGAAAGAAGAAGUGAUUCAAGAAAUCCUUGAAACUCUCGGUUUGUCUGAGCACCGUCGAACCAUGACCUUGAAUCUGAGUGGUGGUCAGAAGAAAAGGCUUUCUAUCGCUCUAGAACUGGUCAAUAACCCCCCUAUAAUGUUUUUCGACGAACCAACUAGCGGCUUGGACUCCUCGUCUUGUUUCCAGUGCAUUUCGUUGUUGAAGACACUGGCACGAGGCGGUAGAACGAUAAUCUGUACCAUUCAUCAGCCCAGCGCAAGGCUUUUCGAGAUGUUCGAUGCUCUCUACACAUUAGCCGAAGGUCAAUGCGUUUAUCAAGGCUCCACAUCACAACUAGUGCCUUUCCUAAGAACAAUUGGCCUUAAUUGUCCAAACUACCAUAAUCCAGCAUCGUUUAUCAUUGAGGUAUCAUGCGGUGAAUAUGGCGAUAAUAUCAAGAACUUGGUAAACGCGAUAAACAAUGGCAAAUACGAUAUACGCGAGGGACAUUCGUUUCCCGAGACGAAGGAAGAGAUGAACAAUUGCGCUGCCUCGACAGGAAUUUUGAAGAAUGGCGAUAGUAUAGACAAAAUUAAAAUCAAAGACAGGAAUGAUGUCAAUAAUCUCGAGGAGAAGUUCGCGGAACAAAAACUGAACGAGAUUAGUAAUGAGAAAAUCAUAUCGAGCUAUGCUAUGAAUGACAUUGCUAAACAAGCGAUGGAUAUGGCAAUCUCCGUGGAUACGGAUAAGAAAGACAAUGCCAGUGUGGCUUUGCUCGACGAAUCCAUUGCAGUAACGCCGGAAAGAUAUGCUACGUCCGAAUUGUUACAAUUCUACAUUAUUCUGAAGCGUGCUUUACUCUUCAAUCGUAGAGAUUGGACUCUUAUGUACCUCCGGCUCUUCGCUCACCUUCUGGUAGCGUCAUUAAUCACCGCGCUAUAUUAUGAUAUCGGAAACGAUGGCGCUAAAGUACUUAGUAAUCUCGGAUUUUUGUUCUUCAAUAUGCUAUUUCUUAUGUACACCUCCAUGACAAUCACCAUUCUGUCCUUUCCACUAGAACUGCCUGUACUUUUAAAAGAGAACUUUAACAGAUGGUACUCUCUCAAAGCAUAUUAUCUUGCAAUUACUCUUUCUGAUUUACCGUUUCAGACUAUAUUUUGUGUAAUGUACGUCAGUAUCGUGUACUUCACGACGAGUCAACCGGCGGAUGUGACGCGAUAUUGCAUGUUCGUGGGUAUUUGUCUGCUAAUUUCUUUCGUCGCGCAAUCGGUGGGCCUCGUGGUCGGCGCCGCCAUGAACGUGCAGAACGGCGUGUUCCUGGCGCCGGUAAUGUCGGUGCCGUUCCUCCUUUUCUCAGGCUUCUUCGUCAGUUUCGACGCGAUUCCGGUCUAUCUACGAUGGAUCACAUAUCUCAGCUACAUCAGAUAUGGUUUCGAGGGAACCGCUUUGACUGUUUAUGGCUACGGUCGAGAGAAACUAAAGUGUUUCCAGGUAUAUUGCCACUUUAAAAAUCCGGAAAUGACACUGGAGGAGCUGGACAUGCUCGAUGCUGAUUUUACUCUAGAUAUCCUCGCUCUCCUUCUCAUAUUCGUCGUGCUCCGAAUCGCCGCGUAUUUCUUCCUUCGUUGGAAGAUAAAGAAUGCUCGAUAAAUUGUCAAUACGCGCGAGUUAUUGUAAGAUACUCUAAAACGAUGAAGAUUUGGGUUUCAAUGCCUCACAACACAAUCAAAAAAUAAGAAAAUUUAUGCAAAGAUUUUCGUGGCAUUUCUCAGCGAGAAUUCUCGCGGCAAUAAUUAUUCUCUCUAUCGAGAAAAGGCAUUAAUAAUUUCAAAAAUAUCACAAAGUAAAAGAUUUAUUUUUUCAUGUUUUAUUGUUGCUAAAUUUAAUUGUAGGAAUAUAUAAUAAGUUAUUUAUAUUUUUAAUUAAGUUUAUAACACACAACGAUGACGACUAAUCGUUACGAUUGUAACAUAUUUGUUCAGGGUAUAUACAUAUGUAUAUAUAAUAUAUAUCAUAUAUCUUCAUUUUUUUAUUAUGUCAGCAACAUUCUCGUUAGAACGCAACCGAGUACGUGCGUCGAUCUUAGAUUUAUUAUACUAAAUUUAAAUGUUCGCCGCACGAUGCGAUUAGAUGGAAAGCUGAAACAAAAAGAAUUAGUUCGCAUAUGAUUUUUAAGGAAAGAAUUUUUAAGGAAAAAAUGGGAGGGGGUUUGUCAAUUGUCCUCGAUCGCGUCUAUCUUCCAUGAACAAAUACGAGGCCUUAAUCGAUGACGUAUUUCACGAGCGAUCGCUCUAUUCUAUCCACCAAUGGCUGUGAGCUUAAUGAUGCAAAAAGAAAAAAGUGUUAAAGAAAAUCAAAUGCAAAUGCUCAUGUUCUUAAAAUUAACUGAGACGAAAUAAUGCGUCCGAGAGAGAGAUGAUUUAUAAGCGCACGAGUUUAUCUUGCCAGAUAUUAAUUUUAUACGUUAAAGACCAGAUAUUAUCAACGCUUUAUAGAAGAAAGCAGCCUUGAUAGAUUAUGUCAAAACGAGCGUUUAUGUGCUCUUGUAGAAAUCCAUGAUUCUCGUAAAUACAAUGAACAAAUUCUUCCUGCAUUAUUCUGUACCGGUUGAUACUUAAAAAUUGGAAUGUGCGAAUCAAACUUUCUUAACGAAACUAAAAGAAACAAAAUGAUCACUUUGAUAACCAUUUAUUUUCUACUAACUUUUGAGAACGAAUUUAUUAGAUUAAUUCGUUAUUAUAUAUAUUUAUUGAAUUAUUAUUAUCUUCCAAACACAGAAAGAGAGAAUGUGUGUGUUGCUAGACUAGUUUUCUAAAUAAGCAUAAACUCUGAUCUUUUUAUAGUGUUAAAAAUUAUGGAAAAAUAAUAGAAAGCAUCAAAUUUUUAAAGACAUGAGAGGAAAAGUGUACUUCAUCACAAUUCUACAUAUAUAUAAAAUUGUCAUUUGUUCUCAAAAAUCAAAGUUAAAUAUUUUCGAUGUAAAUUAUAAAACAUGUCGCUUAUUUAAAUAUCUUUCAUGAAAAUCGGCGAUCAAAUUAAAAAUCGAUUAACAGGAUUACGGCGCUCAAACAAAUGAAAUAAUUAUUACGAUAAAAUAUAUAUUUAUGUAGAUAAAACAAACAGUAAAUGAUCGAAAAUAUAUAAUCGAUUGUUAAUGAAAUACACUUUUAUAAAAUAAGAUGCAUCGAAAUGUGUGUAUCUGUAUUGGUUUAGCAUAAUUGUUACUAUAGUUUAUACUGCACAUGUAUAAAAUACAAAAAAGGUAUGUUUUUCAUAA